CCGUGGGGCUGCCGCGCUCCGGAAGCUCGCGGCCCGACACGCCGCAGCCAGAGGUUCGGCGGCAGGUGCGCGGCUGCCCUGACCCGGGGCUCUCCGCCGAGCGCAGAGCCGCAGGGCCGGAGCCCUGAACCAGCCUCUCUUCCGACUCGUCAGCAGCUGCUGCCACCAGCCUGUCCCCUGCCCGGGGUGCCACCGUGCCGCCUCCCAGCAGGGCCGCAGGGUGGAGGAGGGCAUGUCCAACAACAGCACCAUCAGCAUCUCGCAGGCCCGCAAGGCCGUGGAGCAGCUCAAGAUGGAGGCGUGCAUGGACCGGGUGAAGGUGUCCCAGGCAGCCGCGGACCUCCUGGCGUACUGCGAGGCCCACGUCCGGGAGGACCCUCUCAUCAUCCCCGUGCCCGCGUCCGAAAACCCCUUCCGCGAGAAGAAGUUCUUCUGCACCAUCCUCUGACUCCGGCGCGCCGGAGCGCCUCCGUUUCUGGGGCGCCCGUGGGACCCGCAUGUGCGUAGCUUUAGGGAGGCCCCUCCGUCCCUGCCCGUCCCUGCCCAGCCACGAUCACAGGGAGCCGGGCUCGUCUGUCCCUUGGUUUUCUUCAUGGCAUUAGUUUUUCUUUUCAUUUUCAAGUAUUUUCAUUAUUGGCAAAGAAAACAGACAUUUUUGUAGCCAAAUAACAAAUGUGCCAAGUAAAAAUAAGUAUGGAUUUCAGGGCUUAAACUUUUAAACAUCAGUUCCCAAGUUUAAUUACACCAAGUCAAUACCUUUCAGUGGAUAAUGUAUUGAAAAAUUAAUACAGCGGACCCCAAAAGGAAAAAGGAUAAUUUUCCUUUUGGGGUCCGGUGGAUACCCAAGAAUCCCCCGCUCCCAACAAUUCAGCAUCAAAUAAGAGCACUUUGACCAACUGAAAUAUAGGUAAAAUUUUUACCUCCUUCCCUGGAGAAAACAGUCCUGGAAGGCCUCUAGUUCCUGCUUUUCCAUCAUCCUAUUAAAAAGGGAACCACCACCCUGGCCGGGCAGCUCAGUCGGUUAGAGGGUCACCCCAGUUCUCCAAGGUUGCAGGUUCGACCCCCAGGUGGGGCACAUACAGGAAGCAACCAAUAAACGCAAAAAUAAGUGGAACAACAAAUUGAUCUCCCUCUCUCUCUCUCUCCCCACACUUCUCUCUCUUUCUCUCAAAUCAAUAAGUAAAGAUUUUUUUCAGAGAAGAAACAACCCACAACAUCAAUUGGGGUUUUUUUAAACCCUCGCCUGAGGACAUAUUUAUUGAUGUUAGAGAGAGAGGAAGUGAGUGAGAGAGAAACACCACAGUGAGAAAGAAAUGGUCAUCGGUUCCCUCCUGCAU